AUGGGCAUGGAGACGCACUGCGGUGAGGAUGGGCAUUUGUCCGAAUAUCUAUAUCGCCCAGAAAUACUCCAAAAACUUGAUUUUAGUAAAAGUCCAGCUACAUUUAAUCCAAUAAUUAGUGCAGCUAAUCCCGGCGCUGAAUGGAUGGUUGUGAGACCUUUGCAACGCGCAGACUACGAUAAAGGUUUUCUACAGUUGCUCAGUCAAUUGACUAGUACUGGGAGUAUCACAAGGAAACAGUUUGAUGAGCGAUUCACCCAGAUGAAAAUAUCCGGCGGUCACUACGUGACGGUGAUCGAGGACAAACGCAGCGCCAAGAUAAUUGCCGCAGCGACCCUGACAGUUGAGCAGAAAUUUAUUCACAACUGUUCCUUGCGUGGCCGUUUAGAAGAUGUAGUGGUUAACGAUACGUACAGAGGGAAACAAUUGGGAAAGCUAAUAGUCGUUACUGUGUCUCUACUGGCUCAAGAGCUAGGCUGCUACAAAAUGUCAUUGGACUGCAAGGACAAACUGAUAAAGUUUUACGAGACCCUCGGAUACAAACUUGAACCUGGCAACUCCAACGCUAUGAAUAUGAGAUUCGAGGAAGACCCCUCC